CAAAAGCCCCAAAUUGCUAACGUUUAGGGUUUUUCAUCUCCUUCGAUUUCACAAUCGAAAAUAGUUUCGAUAAUGUCGAAUGUCACCGAUCAGACGGAAGGAAUCAAAACUUUGCUAUCAUCAAAUUCCAAAGCAAACAAAUCGUUCGGUUACUCAACUCUCUUACACUUCCAAGAGCAGUCCAGUGACAGUCCUCCUUUAAUCCAAGCCCUAGCUCAAUGUUCUCGCUGCCUUAUCGCUUUAAUCGUCGCUGAUAUCCAUGAUGAAGAUGAAGAAAUAGCUGCUCAAGCUUUGAAGUGUUUGGGAUUUAUGAUCUAUCAUCCUUCCCUUGUUGCUACAAUUCCAGCUGAAGAUGCUAAGCUGGUUUUAGAGUCGGUGGCUAAACUCGUUUCUGUCACAAAUAUGAAGUCCCUUUGCAAUUUAGGCGUGUGGUGUAUAUCAAUUCAACAAUUUGAUGUUGCAGUUUUGGCCGCCUGCUUCAAUACAUUGUUGAGGGCAGUUGUGCAUGCCCUUGAUAAUCCUAUUGGCUCAUUGUCAACAACAUUUGAGGCCAUGCAGGCUGUGACAAAGUUAACUGCCCAAUUGAGUGAAUUGAUGAGAGAAUCAUCACACCUAUGGGCACCUUUAAUUUAUAGAAGAUUUCUCUGCUGUGAUAAGAGAGAGCGGGAUAUGUCAGAGAGGUGUUUUUUGAAGAUUAGGUCCACAAUAUUUCCUCCACCAAUAAAUCUUUCCAAGCAGGCUAUCAUUCAAGACAUGAAGCAAAAAUUGCUGACAGGGAUGAAGGACCAGUUAGACAAGGGCAUGAAGGUUCAAACUGUCCAGGCGUGGGGAUGGUUUAUCUGCUUCCUAGGAUCUGAUGCCUUGAAGAACAGACAUCUAGUAAAUCAGAUGUUGAAAGUCCCUGAGCAGACAUUUCAAGAUCACAAUCCACAAGUCCAGAUUGCUACGCUGGUUGCCUGGGAAGGUCUUAUUGAUGCCUUUGUUCAUCCUCCAAUGCUGGCUUGCAAGAAAAAUGUAACCUUACAGAAUGGAAUUCAAUGCUUACAAACAUCCCCAGGGAAGAGCUGUGAAAUGCAGUUAAAUGGAUUUUCAAAAUGCUUAAAGCUCAUUAUGACACCUCUAAUAGGCAUCAUUUCGAGCAAAUGUGAUGUAUCUGUUCACGUCUCCUGCUUGAACACAUGGUGUUAUCUUCUACAUAAACUUGAUACCUCCAUCAACGCUCCAUUGGUAAAUAAAUUGGUAUUGGAUCCUAUAUUUGAAGCAAUUUUGAAAAUAGGACCAAGUAGUAAAAGUAUCUGGUUGUGGAAUUUGUGCCUGGAUUUGCUUGAUGAUUGUAUAUCAGUGAACUGUGCAGAUUUGGACUCUAAUCUAAAGGACCAGGUAAACCUUUGUUUAUCAGCUAGAAACUUCAUUCCUGUUCCUUGUACGUCUGGCAGAUAUUCAUGGAAGCAAUAUCCUAUUAAAUGGUUGCCAUGGGAGCUUAGUCAGUUGGAUUUCUACUUAAAGCUGAUUACUAUUAUUCUUACUCACGUGGCUACAGCAACAGCUGCCCCUGAAAGCAGAAAAUCAGCUUCUGAUGCUUCUGUGAGGAUAUUUAGAUCUGUUUUAAAGGGAGUCCAUAUGGAGUUUAGAAAUCCGUCAAAUAAUUAUGAUAAUAUUAUGUGCUGUUUGAACACAAUAUUAAAGUUCAUUAAGAGAAUAGGCGAAGAUGCUAGUUCAGAAGGUUGUGGAUUUAAUGACUUGUUUAAUACUUCAGUUCAUUUUAUAGAUGUAGUUGCUGAGGAGUUAGAACCUUCUAUUGUUGGAUCCCCUCUUUAUAAAGUGGCUUUAGACAUCAAGUACAUUGGCAGUCUGGAUUCAGUCGAUAUUAAACAUGCAAAAAUACUGGAUCAGCAUUCCAUUGCUUUUACGGAUAUGGUUUCACCUAUGGUUUAUCUAACUGCACUGUACUUCAGUUUGCUGGUUCAAUUAACUAUAAAUACACCUGAGAUGGAAUUGAUUCUACAAAAGUUUCAAAACUUUUCUAAAUGUGUACUCUCUUCAUAUGAUCCCCUGGAAAGUUUUCUAGCUUCUGUUGGUUUACUGUACAGGCACAUGGGCUUUAACUACAUAGAGAUAUGGAUGGCAAUAGCGAAAGGUCUGAAUGACUAUAUUGAUGGUAUGAAGGAUAUCUCGGUAUUCAAAACAGAUUCUGACAAUUCUUUUUAUAGAGCCAUAUGCCAUCUCUUAUCAUAUCCAUUCAUUUUGUUCUCUUGUUGUCAGAAAGAUUUAAACCUGUUGAAAUCUAGUGACUCCUUGAAAGAAUGUUUUGUUUUAUCAGAGAGAAAACUUGAACAGGCCAUUGAGGUUUGGAAGUCAUUAUAUGGUUCUGUUAUUGUUGCAGACUUUAAGUCUUCUGCUGCCAACACUUUUAGUGGUGAUCUAUGUGCAAUGUUAAACAGGUGUUUUGAUGAAUAUGGUAGCCUGUUUGAGCAUGAGAGUGAGCUUGGUUUAUAUUACAGGGAUCUGGAGCCUGCUUGCAUUUCUUUCUGUGGAAAGGUUGUGGUAUGUAUUCUGAAACAGAAGCUGACUUCAGAUACAAGUUCAUAUGGAAGUGGAAAAGAAUGUGUUGGUGCCUGCAAUAUAUCCAUUGACAUUAACAAUAUUUUAAAAUUUGCUUCCAGAGUCUUGAAGUACAUAAAUAUAGGAACAGAACCACUGGCAGGUCUUGUGAGUUCAAGGGUAUGUUCUGCAUUGGCAUGCUUCAUUAGUUGCCUUCACUUGAAGCAAGAUAUUCUUUCAUUUUUUGAGAUAAUAUCCGGUCAACUGCUUCAAUGGCUGUCAUAUCAAGAGAUACAGGAUGAACGUGCCGAAGAUCAACUUGGAAUUCUAUGGGCUGAGAUCCUUAAUUGUUUACGGAGGAGUCAGCCACCGCUAACUUUUGAUUCUUGUUUCCUCAAACUUCAAGCAUGCCUCCUUGAGAAAACACUUGGUCAUCCAAAUGUCUCGAUUUCAGAUCCUACCAUCAUCUUUUGGAACUCCACAUAUGGCAAGCAAACCAACUUGGAGUAUCCUCAAAAUCUGCUUCAUGUUUUAGACAAGCUGUCAAGAAAUGGAAGAAUAAACCUCCACAAUAAAAGCAAAUCAGUUCUGGAAAGAUGCUCUGUGUUCGAAAACAAUACUGCUCCACGGAGUUGCAAGGUCACUGCAACACAGAACAGGAGCUCAAAGAGAGUAGAGUUGGAGGGUACGAUUGCUCAAUCUAACCAAAAGCAUAAACCACCCUCGUGCUCAAAACGGAAAAGGCUAGAACUAACUGAGCAUCAAAAGGAAGUGAGACGAGCCCAGCAGGGAAGGGAGAGGGACUGCAGUGGACAUGGUCCUGGGAUCAGAACUUAUACUGGUCUUGAUUUUUCACAAGGAAACGAGGACUCGCAGGAGUGUCAGGACAUUCGGAAUUCAGAAGCCUUGUUGGAGAUACUGAGAAAAGUUGCAUGACUGCCUAUCUCUGAAGCCUGGUUUGACAUGGUAUAAGAUGUAAUUAUCCCCUCUAAUUAUUUGAUGUUGUAUAUACGAUAGUUGCACACAUUAAUUUGCUCCUUUGUACAUAUUGUAGUGCCAUUGGAUGAACAAUUAUGUUAAUUUUCUUAAUUACAGUAAAGCAGACAUGGAUAAAAGG